AUGUGCUUAUCUCAUUCAAUUAUCAAUAUUAUCAGAAAGUCAUCCCUAAUUUUAUCCUUGGCCUUAAAGACUAUGGAUCAGAAACCAACGUUUGAUUACCACGAAGAGAGUCAUGGGGAAAGGUUAGCGCGAAAAUCGAAAGAAUCUCCUUUUAUGAUUUUUGGAUUGGCGGGAUUAGCGUCUGCCGUCGGAUAUGGAGUUUACAGUUAUCGGAACCGCGGCAAGAUGAGUACGAGCGUGUACCUAAUGCAAUUUCGCGUCAUCUCACAAGGAAUUGCAGUGGGAGCCAUUACAGUUGGAAUGGCAUACACUCUUUUCAAUAAUUAUUUUAAUAAGCCCAAAAAAAAUGACCUUAACUUAACCGGAAACGUUAUUACGAAGGUCAAUGAGCAU